UAUUUUAAAUACAGCUGCUGGAGUUUAUUUGCUCACCUGUCCAUUGUUCACACCUGGGCUGAGCUGUAAGCUCAAAAACACUCAAACACCUGCCAACUAUUUACAUGCUGAAAGUUACACACAAUUUUGCCUCUGUGACUGUGCUGACAGGUGAAUACACACACACACACACACACACAGACACACACAUUCAGACCAGUCUAAAAUAAUUAAAACAGUUGCUGAUUCUUUGUCUUUGCCAGACUUUGCACAAAUAUGACUCAAGCUUGAAACAUCUGUGAGAAGGAUUUCCAAGAACAGGCAUAAUGGAGACUCUGAAUUUAUCUCACAUCGCCAACACCAGCAGUGGUGAUAAUGCCGGCCUCUUCUCUAAAAGCCCAUACACGACUGUGGAGAUAGUGCUCAUCAUCCUGGUGGCUGGAUCUCUGAGUCUGAUCACUGUCAUCGGAAACAUCCUGGUCAUGCUCUCUAUAAAGGUGAACAGGAACCUGCAGACCGUCAACAACUACUUCCUGUUCAGCUUGGCCUGUGCAGACCUCAUUAUUGGUGUCUGCUCCAUGAACCUCUACACUGUCUACAUUGUGAUUGGCUACUGGCCUUUGGGAGCGGUGGUGUGUGACCUGUGGUUGGCUGUCGAUUAUGUUGUCAGCAACGCCUCAGUCAUGAACCUGCUCAUCAUUAGUUUUGACCGUUACUUCUGUGUCACCAAACCACUCAGCUACCCAGCACGCCGCAGCACCAAGAUGGCAGGCUUGAUGAUCGCCGCGGCCUGGGUGUUGUCCUUCAUCCUGUGGGCUCCAGCCAUCUUGUUCUGGCAGUUCAUUGUGGGCGGGAGAACAGUGCCGCCAGGUGAGUGCUACAUCCAGUUCUUCUCCAACCCAGCGGUGACAUUUGGCACAGCCAUAGCAGCUUUUUACCUGCCAGUGGCCAUCAUGAUCCACCUCUACUGGCGCAUCUCCAAGGCCAGCCGCAGCCGCAUGAGGAGGAACAGCAGGAAGACUUCAGGUACCAGUUUGGGAGAAGGUCCCUCUCACAGCCAGGAUGAUGGGUGUGAGAACCAGAACAACUGCAUCACAACAAGAGAGGAGCCUGGGGAGGCUAGAGAUGGGAAGGAGAAGGAAAUGUUGCAGCAGAGGAACGGAAGUGGUCCCUGUAAGGAAGAAAAACCCGACCCGGAGGACACAAUGGAAGACAGCAUCCAUGCUUCAACAUCUAAGGACACUGAGGUCUCUGCUUCAUCACAGAAAGGAUCAAAUGGCGGGAAAAAGACAAACCCAACACAGCCACCUUCCCCAGUGACCUCAGCUGCUGACAGACAAAGUAUGGCCACAAGGACACUGUUUAAGGUGACGAAGCAGACUGCUGUGGCAAGAUGGAAAAAGAAAGGCACAUCUUCCAGGGAGAAAAAGGUGACGCGCACCAUCAUGGCCAUCCUGGUUGCUUUUGUUGCCACAUGGACACCGUACAACGUGAUGGUCCUGAUCAACACCUUCUGUUCCGUCUGCAUCCCAAACUCUCUCUGGACCAUCGGCUACUGGCUCUGCUACAUCAACAGCACCAUCAACCCGGCCUGCUACGCCCUGUGCAACGCCACCUUCAAAAACACCUUCAAGCACCUGCUUCUGUGCCAGUACAAGAACAUACGCACCGCACGAUGAGGGCGCAAACACUGACUCAUGUUCAUGACUGAGUCCAAGUUAAUGUGAUGCAGCUUGUAAAAUGUGACAAAUACUGGAAUAUAGAGCGUGUUCUUAUUGUGCACUUAAUUUAUUUUUCAAUGGUGGAACUUAUUUCCACUUCCAUUGAAAAAAAAAGUGUAUUUACUUUUACAAGUGUACUAUGAACUUAAUUUUCAAUGAUUUUAAAAAGACAUGGCAUUGUAUUAUAAUUGUCGAGACAAUGCAUUUGUGUAUGAGUGCAGUUUAUUGUGAAGUACUUUUGACUGAGUGUAGAGUGUGUGCUUUUACCCUGACUGGACAUUUUCCUCUUUGCUCCUUCUAUAUGAGCUUAUGCAGUAUGUUGUUUGUCGUAAUUUAACUACAGUAAUACAGUAUAAGUUCUAACUUUGUCCUAAAAUCAGUUUGUCUGGGAUAAUAUGCUGUAGAGAAAGACACUGUUACUGCCAUUGCAUAAACCAUUAGGAGUGACACUGUGCUGUGAAACAUGGAAAAUCAGCCAGAUGUGUGUUUGUGUCUAUGUGUGUGUGUGUGUGUGUGUGUACACGCAAAUCAGUGUGUUUGUGCGGCGCAUGCUUCCUCUCUGGUUAGAUUAAACCAGUUCUUAUUAAGCUGAUGUGUUGUGAAAUGAGCCCAAAUGUGAUAUUUGUCCACACCUUCCCCUCUUCCUUCAUGUAUUAAAAUGAUUUCCUUAAAAAAAACAUAAUAAUAAAAGAGAUAAUGAUAGAAUAUUA